CAGAUGACCCGAUAGUAAUGACAAUUAAACAAAAUAGGAAACUGAUAUACUGGAUCUUUGAUUAGGAAAUAAGAUGCGUACAUCCUUUGGACUGCCUGCGUUGGCCUUAUUUAGCACCUGGGGCGGCGCCUACAGUCUUGCUGUAGAUGCUGCUACACAUGUUAACGCAACCACACGUGUGAACGGAACCACACCCGCCAAAGCCGCAGCGAUCUUCGGACCUGUGGUAAUGGUCCGUUGCAACGCCCAUAUUGCAGGUGCACACUACCUUGGCUGGUAUCAAGAGUGUAUGGACAAAAUGGCUGGCCAAUGGGGCUUCAGAUCUGCAGCUGAGGUAGGCCAUUUCGACGACGGAUGGGGUUGCAAGUGUAGAUAUGCAUCGUCCGCGCCGGGAGCUUGGAAAAUUGCCCGACAGCAUCUUUGGGACGCUGUUAUAAGCAAAGAUGUUUCCUGCAGCGAUGCUCUCUACCUUAACUCGGAGAUCGGCCUGGGGGUUACAGAAUUGAGGUUCUGGUGCAGAUAA